AUGGAAAGUGAGUUAAAGAACCGGUUGAGAAGUGAAAAACAAGUGAGUGAUAUGAAAAGUAAAUUGUAUUAAAAACUUAUAUAAACUAUAGUGUUUUAUAGGAAGGGCUACAGAAAUACAUAUUAUAGGUCAAAAAAUAUAUAGAACAGACGAAAAUUGAUGUAAAUAGACGUAUUUUUGAAAAAGGCCAAAAAGUUGAAAGAAAAAUUUUAAAAACAACAUAUUUGGCUGUUUCUGUAUACUUUUUGACCUGUUUUCUAAUAUUAUAUUCAAAACUAGCAUCUGCUUCUAAACUUUAGCUCACGUUUGCCUUGGUGACAAUAUGCACCAUAUGCACAAUAUUCAGCAUCAUCAUUGUACCAUACUUGUUCAGUCAGGUUCACAACUUGGACAUUGAAGUUGAGGUGGGUUUUCGAUCUUUUCAAACUUAUUUUUGAGUUUUGAAGGCAUUUUUUUAUUAUUAGGUUGGUCUGUUGUGGAUUUCCGUUCCAAAAUUUUCUAAAGUUUAUUAUAAACUAUAUUUUGUUCUAAUUAUUGUUGUUAAUCAAUUUAAUGAAAUUCAGAAAAUUUUGAAACCGAAAUCCAUAACCGGUCAACCUAAUAUUACUUGUUAGGUUAUAUCAAAAUCAUACGUUGAGGUAUCUUUAAAUUGAGACUGAAGUGUAGAGUAACAGUAUAUCUUGACUUUACUGUAGUAACACAUUGUACCGUAAAAAGAUUUUAAAGUCACAUUUUAUUGUAUCAAAACCUUACAGGACCACCACAGUUUCUGUGUAGAACGUACUACACUUUUGGUACGAGAGAUCACUGAGAUUGAAGAGAGUACAGCAAGAAGAAAGCGCCAGUACGAUGAUAAUGUAGAUUCUGGUAAUUCAGAAGGAAACGGAGACAAGAAAUCUUGUUGUUCUUGCAAACAAGGACCACCUGGCCCACCAGGACCAGUUGGAGAGGAUGGAGAUGACGGUAAAGUUUGGGUUUGGUAAUCAUAUUGGUGUAGGUAUACCUACUUUAAAUGGUCGUACCUUUUUUUGUAGGUUGUUUCAGUCCUUGCUAUUUUGAGAAUUGAUAGAAAAGAUACUGUAGCUUGUGUAUAAGGUAAAAUAGACGGUGCUUUAUUACCUAACUGUAAGGUACGGUGAUUUAAAGAAGUUGUUUUUAGUUUAAGCUAGAUUAAUAUAAGUAUACCUACCCAAAAUACCCAUAAAUUUGUUAAACAUAGAGAUACUACCUUGAAACUUUAUAUAGUGGUAGAAAACUAAUUUAUACACCAUAAUAUUGCUAUCAUACGAUCAAAACGAACAUUAUUUUCAAGAUACGAAACCUAAAAGACAUCAAUUCACAUAUUUUUAGGCCCAGACGGAGUAGAAGGAGUGAAAGGCUCAGCAGGCGCACCAUCCUCAGCUCCAUCUGAUUUGAACAUCGAUUGGUGUUUCGAUUGCCCAGAUGCACCAGCUGGACCACCAGGACUAAUGGGAGUGAAAGGCCGGCCAGGAAAUCCUGGAAAACAUGGAGAAUAUGGCAAAAACGGUGAACCUGGCCAGAGGGGUGAGGUUGGACCAGUUGGACCGGCUGGUGAGUUUGAUAUUUAAAAUUUUUUAAAAAUUAUUUAAAUUCAAUUUUUUAAUUUUUAAUUUUAAAAUUUUGAAUUUUCAGGACCACCAGGCCCAGUCGGCUACCCAGGACCACCUGGAGAGCCAGGAAAGUCGGUUGAAGUAGUAAUAACUGGUGAACCAGGACCACCCGGACCUCCCGGAGUGCCAGGAGUUAAAGGUUCGUUUGGCCUACCUGGUCUGCGAGGUCCAGAUGGUCCACCAGGACCACCUGGCGAUGGUCCCGGACCAUCCGGACCACCAGGAAAUGACGGUACCACUGGUUUGCAAGGUGAUAAUGGAGCUAAUGGUGCUGAAGGAAGCUGUGAUCAUUGUCCUCCACCUGUUUUGGAGACUGGAUUCUAA